AUGGAAUCUCGUCAACUUAUUUCUUCUACCACAUCAUUACCAUCUACAAGUAUUAAUUCUACUGAAAAACAGUCUUCACAUACUAAUUCAUCGAUAUCAACGAACAAAUCGUCUUUCGUCGUAUUGAACAACAAUACAGAUCGAGCGUUGACACACGAUGAAAAGGGGACUCGCGCCGAAUGUUAUUGGGCAAUGGCAACAAUUCAUCUAGGCUUCAGUUAUGCUUCAUCCAAAAAUAUUCCUGAAUUAUUUACAUUGAUGUUUCCCGACAGUAAAAUAGCUGCCGAUUAUGCAAUGAAACAUCGAAAACUUUCGUAUGUGAUAUCACAUGGAACUGGUCAUUUUUUUAUACGUGAACUUGUUAAAGAUGUUAAUAAAGCUCCAUCCUACUCGUUACUUUUCGAUGAAACUACUAUUGUUGGAGUACGAAAACAAUUGGACUUACAUAUUCGAUAUUGA